UUAACAUCUAAAUUCUAGUAAAAUAUUUUCAUUUUUAAUUUUAGGCCGCAAAAUUAUUAUGAACGUAUAAUUUUGAAACAGAAAAGUACAGGCUCACUUCAACAUGGCUUUAGAUUUAGUCAGUAUAGCGCAGCCUCACUACAUACCCGGGUACACUGGACACUGUCCUGAAUACAAGUACCGCAUCGGGAAUACGUAUGGCUCUACCACGCACAAGAUUCUGUUGGACCCCAGCGUCAGGCACUCGGAAAGGCUCGUUCUCUCUGAUCGCACUUCUGAUGAUUUUCAAAUCUAUCGUCCAGCUCAAACUGAUGUGGAUACAGUGAAUGCAAGAUUUCGCAAUGGCGAUCCAGUGUACAAACAUCCCAUGAUUCCCGGUUAUGAGGGUUUUGUGCCUCGUUUAAACGCACACUUCGGUCAGCGUUACACAGUGGCAGCAACUGAGGCUCUAUCAGAGUUUCAACGGCUUCAGUUGGACACACGGGCAGCGCGGCAGCAGCUCGAACGAAUCAACGAUCUGCAAGCCGGAAAAGGACAGCCUUGGGACCUGAAGGAUCGAUUCUCGGCAACCGCAGAGUUCAAACUGCCAUUGAUAGCUGUGAGGCCCGAAUGUGCGGGUAUACUGAGGGACUUACCAAUGGAUGAGGCGAAGUUAGGACCAGCUGCGCAUGCUGUCAGCCCUUACUUUAUGGAUAAUGAUGAUAAUGAGAAAUAUGUCAAGAAAGGUUUUAUGGGACACGUACCGUACGCUUUCCAUCGUUUCGGGGAAAGUUCGAAGAAACUUACGAAUUCUGCACUAUGCGAUUUUUCGUCGAACUAUAGGCGACGGCAAAGCACUGAAUGGGCCCCAGUGAAUGUGGUCAAACCCGACCCUCCGCUGUCCAUCAACCCGACUGAAAUAUACCACAAACACGUCGGCAUGCUGCCCAACUACGCGGGACACGUUCCUGGAUGCAUGUUUAGAUUUGGAAAAACUUAUGGAAAUGACACACGUGACGCGAAGCGAUGGCUGCGUGGAGACUUUUCGUCUUGAAAAUGUGCCAGUGGCGUAUGGUGUAAGCUAUUAUAUGCACUUUGAGCGACAGAUGGAGCCACUGAAGAGACAACAGACCCGAAGACAGGCGUAUCAUAGCCAAAAAUCAAUGGUAGGUAUAUUUUACUUUUCGUCUAGAAAAUUUUAGUACAAUAAAGAAACUUU